GAGCACCGCGUGUGCGCCCGCCCCGGAUGCCGCGUGUGCCUGCCCCGGACACCGCGUGUGCCCGCCCCGAGCGCAGCCCGUGCCCGCCCCGGCACCGCGUGUCCCGUCCCGGACAGGGCGGUCGCUCCCUCUUGCUGCGCGUGCGGCGGAAGCGCGGCGGCCCCGAGCCGGCCGAGGCGCUGCUGCUGGCCUGCAAGCGGCGCCGCGCCGAGCCCGUGGAGACCGACCUCUUCAAGCUGGUGGCCACCGUGUCCUCCAAGGAUGAACCGGUUCAGAAGUAUGUUAAAGAUGCCAUCACGCGGGACAGGGCAGCUCAGAGCCUGCGCCCCUCUUCGGGAAGCAGCCAGCGAAUCCUUCAGGAGCUGCGUUGUGCCAAGCAGGCGCGGAGGAAGGAGAACCGGUACCGGGUGAUUUCCAGCCACCGGCCCCACUGCACCCACACCGCUGCCCCUGCUGCCCGCGGCCAGGCUGCGCCCCACGGGGACAGGUCUGAGCCUGAAGCACUGCAGGAUGCCUCACCAGAGGAGAGUGGUGCUGCGGAUAAGAGUUCAGACUGCUGUGGGAAAUUCCAGCUGUUCGAUAUUGUACAAGAAGAGGAGACAGUGGGAGAUUCCAGUGUAACCACUGCAAACACACAGAAGACUGAUCCAGAUGCAAUUCUCUGCAAUGCAGUAGAGAUGAUCCGUGAACGUUUAAAUGUUUCUGAAGAUGGUAAAAAAGAUCAUGGUCACAAAGAAGAUGAGUAUGUUUAUGACAUCUACUAUAAGGAAACAUCAGCCCCUGACUGGAUUGAAAAUAUCCUUUCUGUACAGCCCUAUAGAGAAGAAUAUGAAUUGGUAAAUGAUGAUCCUGGUCCAGAGGAAGUGUAUGAAGAUGAAGAUGAUGAAAAUGAUGAAAAUAACUGGCGUAAUGAUUAUCCUGAAGAAGAUGAAUUCUUACCCGAAGAAGAUGGAGAAAAAGACUCUGAAGAGAGCUUCAGUGAUGAGGACCAAUGUUACAGGAGAAGAACAUGGGACAAAUAUCGACAGGAGGUUUUGCAUGAAUUUGGAUAUGAUGAGAUUGAAGAUCUGGGUUCUGACUAACAGGCUGGUUUUGGAGAUGAAAUGCAUACUGAAAGUGAACAUUUGCUGCUGUAGGAGAAUGUACUAUCUGAGCAGCCAGCUUCAGCUGGUGGAUAUUAAACAGAUGGGUGUGACCUUGGCCACUUGACAACACAAUUUUUUUUCCAACCAUAAGAUGCUCUAUACUUUAAAAUAGAAUAUUCCACCCAUUGCAUGUGUUGAGGUUUUGAAGGGACCUUUUAUUUAUUUCUGUUUUCCCAAAGCUGCAUGCCCAAGAGUUUGUACCUGCAGGAAAUGUACAGAUAUGGAGGUACUGUUGGCAGCAGCCCUUCUGGUCAUGUCUAAUACAUCAGGUUUCACAAGAAGACCCAUGUGUCUGCCCUGAUGGCAAGUGGGAGUCCUGGAAGGCAUCCUACCCUACUGCUUUCUACUUAAUUUGUUCCUAAAUGUCAAGUGACUUUCUUCUCAAGUGUUUGAGCAUAUGAAAUGCCUUGACCUGUCCAUUACUCUCCCCAGUAGUUUUACUGUUGGAGUAGAACAAUGUGAAUUUAAAUUGUAAAUAAAAUUGCUUUUUGACCAAG